AUGGCGACACCAUCGUCCAGCCCUAAAGCACCGGUAAUAAACGUAAACGAUUUGGCGAUACCGGAUCUGACAAGCAUCCAAAAGCAAGUUGAUACGGAACUCGAGUUUUUCAUCGAAUCGGUGCAGCAGUUGAAAGAGGUACAGCAAAAGUUCUCGAUUUCAUACGAGAGUCUCAAUACCAUCAACCCAAAGAACAAAGGGAAGGAGCUGCUCAUUCCAUUGACUUCUUCGAUGUACGUACCUGCUGUUCUUUCAGAUGUUUCAAGCGUUGUUAUAAAUAUAGGUACCGGAUAUUAUGCUGAAAUGUCUGUCGACAAGGCACAGUCAUAUUUUAAACGAAAGGUGGCUGAUAUGAAUGUCCAGAUUGAAAAAAUUCAAGGAAUUAUAACCGAAAAGAGAAAACUUAAAUCAGUUGAAGAUUCGUCAUUCGGUUUAUUUUCCACGAAAGACCUGGUUCCUAUUGAAAACCUGCAGCGCCUAAAGCGUUCACGCGAACUUCAAUCGCUGCUCAACAGCGAUCGGCUCCGUUGUAUCAUCAGUCUGAUCGUUUCCGCCAAGGACCCUGCGGAAUGUGUGCAAACGUUCAUGGAAGAUUACGAAUUCCAGGCAUUCGCCGCUCUCUGUCUGAAUAUUGCGAACCCGGAGGUGAAUCUGGAUUGGACGACGGAAUGCGUACAAAGGUUUCGCGAGAUGGACGACGAUUGGAUGCAAGUUGUAUGGACGAAGCUGAUGGAAAAGUUUUGCGAUGAUUCUGAUUGA